CCAGAAUUCCCCCCUUUCUUUUCCCUGAUCUCCUCUUCUGAGCCGCGUCUCAAACCGCGGCCACCACCGCUCUUUACCGGUCAUCGGACUUCUCUUUGUCGUUGCUCUCAUUCUUCCUUCGUCAUUCCCAGAUAACCCUGAAAACAAAACAAAAGGAAAAUUACAAGAAAAAAAACACAAAGAAAAUAAGAGGGACAGCACAAAUAUGAAAGUUCCCUGGAAGGCCUCCUCGUCCUUCCAAUUUCUAUUGUUAUUUCUCUUAGCUUGUUGUUGGAAAUUUGAGGUGUGUUAUGGACAAGCACAAGACGAUUACAACAACGGCGGCGGCGGCGGCGGCGGAGAAAAGACGACAAAGAGACCGAAAGAGCUCGACAACUGCAACGGAAUCUUCUUGACGUACAACUUCCAAGGACGAACGAAGGAGUUCCCUCACGUGAAGAACGUAUCGAAGCAGGCUUGGGCGUUUGAGGCGGACGCGUCGUUGACGAAUGUCGGGGACGAGGAACUGGUGGGGUGGAAUAUGUUCAUAGGGUUCCAGCACAACGAGAUUUUGGUGUCGGCGGACGGUGCUGUGCUGCUCGACGCCGGAGACUUCCCGGCGAACGUGAGCAAUGGGACGACGUUGGCUGGAAGUUCCAUGACGGACUUGCUGACGGCUAUUGACACGGCCAACGAUUUCGAUCAAAUGUCUGUUAAUAUUAAGAUGAAAGGGACAAUGUUUGGCGUCAAAUCAGGAACCACCCCUAUGCCCAAGACUAUCAAACUGGUUAACGAUGGCUUCAAGUGCCCCGCUGCAACUAGACAGCGGUCGAACAUGUUUGUGUGCUGCAAGAAGGACCCGAAGGCAACGGUGCUGAAUAAGAGGCAGACCAAGUUCCCUCCUCGCCGGUACGGCGACAUAACCAUCAGUUACGACGUGAUUCAGGCGAACAAGAACAAUUAUUACGCUCAGAUCACCAUCGACGCGUGGCACCCACUCGCCCGCCUCGACCACUGGAACAUCUCCUGGGAAUGGCAGCGAGGCGAGUUCAUCAGCUCCAUGAAAGGCGUUUACUCCCACAUGAGAGACAUUUCCCAGUGCCUCUACGGCACCGCCAGUAAAUUCUACGCCGACUUUAACUUCAACCAGCCCGGCGUCGAAUGCGACAAAAAACCCACCCUCUCCGACCUCCCCGCCACCCUCAAGGAGGAUGAGAAGCUCGGAAAACUCCCAUUUUGCUGCCGCAACGGCACCGUCUUACCACCUUCACUGGACCCGAGCCAGGCUCGUUCCAUCUUCCAGAUCAACGUCAUGAAGAUGCCACCCGACAACGGCAUGGCCACCUCCAUCAAGCCUCCCUUGAAGUGGCGCAUCGACGGCGUCGUUAAUCCACAGUACAGAUGCGGUCAGCCCAUCCGGGUCUCCCCGCAAGAGUUCCCCGACCCGAGUGGACUUCAGUCCGUCACCCUCGCUGUUGCCAGCUGGCAGGUAGCCUGCAAUAUGACGAAGCCUAAGCCGAAGCAGAACCGGUGCUGCGUAUCCUUUUCUGCCUACUACAACGACUCUGUAAUCCCAUGCAAUACAUGUGCAUGUGGGUGUCCCGAUACCAGAAAGUGCGAUCCCGAUGCCAGAUCGUUGCUUCUUCCACCGGAAGCUCUUCUCGUGCCGUUCGUGAACAGAACGGCGAAGGCCAAAGCCUGGGCUGCUCUGAAGCACCAUAGAUUACCCAAAAUGCUUCCUUGUGGAGAUAACUGCCCGGUGAGCAUAAACUGGCACAUCAACUCAGACUCCGUUGCCGGGUGGACGGCGAGGAUGACGAUCUUCAACUGGGAUGACUCCCCUUUCGAGGACUGGUUCGCGGCGGUCUCAUUCAAGAGGUCUUACCCUAAUUUCGAGAAGGUCUUCUCCUUCAACGGCACGAAAGUGGACAACAUAAGCACAGUGAUUUUCAACGGGUUAAAGGAUAUGAAUUACUUGGUCGGAGAGACGAACGGGACGCAUCCGUACGACCCGAGAGUGCCAGGAAAACAGCAAUCGGUGAUAACCUUUAACAAGAAGAACAUUAAGAAUUUUGAUAUCAGAAAAGAUGGGUUUCCAACCAAAGUGUACUUCAACGGCGAUGAGUGUGCUCUUCCCCCGUACGUGCCUCUUCAGAGCUUAGGGCAUCGCCAAGCUUCUUCUUCCAUAGUUGCAGUCAUUUUGGUAGCGUUGGUGACAUUCUUGACGACGACGACGACGAGUUCUGGGGAAAAUAGCUAUUACUUGUGAUGAAAAACUUUAAGGGUUAACUGGUUCAUUUGUUUUUUUGCUUCCCGGCCGGAGCAGAGAAGUGAUGGUGCAAGCUUAUGAUGAGUGAUGGAGCCAUGUGGGAUUGCAAAGGCCUGUGUGUUCUGUAAAAGGAUGUGAUAAUACAGCACUUAUAAUAAGCAAACUUCAUGAGUGUGUGGAAA